GGCAUCAUCAUGGCUGCAGCACCACAACCUGUCUACUGGCUGGGUAACGACACUCUGAAGGUGUCUGCUGCCCUUUUUGCUGAGAACCGCCGUCGACUGUGUGAGGGGUUGAAAGCCAAAAACGGAGUGGUGUUGCCAUCAGUGGUGGUUCUGCAGGGAGGAGAGCAGACACAGAGGUACUGCACCGACACAGACCUGCUUUUCAGACAGGAGUCGUUCUUCCACUGGGCUUUUGGAGUAACUGAGCCUGACUGCCUCGGAGCCAUUGAUGUGGACUCAGGGAAAUCCAUCCUUUUUGUUCCCAAACUGCCUGAGAGCUAUGCUACUUGGAUGGGAGAGAUCUUUUCAAAGGAGCAUUUCAAGCAGAAGUAUGCUGUAGAUGAGGUGCAGUUCACCUGUGAUAUCGCUGAUGUCCUGUCCACCAUGAAACCAGCGCUUCUCCUCACACUGAGAGGACUGAACACAGACAGUGGGAGCACCUGUCGUGAAGCUUCCUUUCAAGGAAUCAGCAACUUCCAAGUGAACAACAGCCUUUUACACCCAGUCAUUGUGGAAUGUCGUCUGUUGAAGACCGAUAUGGAGCUGGAGGUCCUGCGCUACACCAACAGGAUUUCCAGCGAAGCACACAAAAUGGUCAUGAAACAUGUGAAACCUGGACAGAAAGAAUAUGAAAUGGAGAGCCUGUUCCAGCACUACUGCUACAGCAAAGGAGGGAUGAGACACACCUCGUACACCUGUAUCUGUGGGACGGGAAAUAAGUGUUCCAUUAUCUACUAUGGACAUCCUGGGGCUCCAAAUGACAAGACCAUUUUUGACGGAGACAUGUGUCUUUUUGAUAUGGGUGGAGAGUACUACUGCUACACUUCAGACAUCACCUGUUCCUUCCCGGCCAAUGGGAAGUUUACUGCAGACCAGCGGGACAUCUAUGAGGCUGUCCUCAAGUCCUCCAGGACUGUCAUGGCUGCUAUUAAACCAGGUGUAAAGUGGACCAACAUGCACCGCCUGGCUGACCGGGUUCACCUGGAGGAACUGGUGAAAGUAUGCAUCCUGAGGGGCAGUGUGGAGGACAUGCUGAAGGUCCACUUGGGCUCCGUCUUCAUGCCCCACGGCCUGGGACACCUGCUGGGCAUCGACGUGCACGAUGUGGGAGGAUACCCUGAGGGGGUGGAUCGUAUUAAUGAGCCUGGCCUGUGUAAUCUCCUGAUGGGCCGUCCAGUACAGGAGCGGAUGGUCCUCACUGUCGAACCUGGCAUAUACUUUAUCGAUUACCUGCUGGACCAGGCCCUGGCCAAUCCUGUCCAGAGCCGCUUCAUCAACAACCACGUCCUGGCUCGAUUCCGUGGCUUUGGAGGGGUUCGCAUUGAAGAGAACAUCACAGUGACAGCCAGUGGUAUAGAGGUGCUGACCUGCGUCCCUCGUACUGUCGAGGAGAUUGAAGAUUUCAUGGCCGACGGAAAACCCUUCAGUCCUGUUGUCAGCCAAGAAUAACUUUGACAAGACUUAAAGCAGUAGAAUUAGUCUCGCAAAGCCACGCCCAUUUUGUGACACUUCAGGUCUGGAAAGAUCUAAUGUCAUUCUGCAAAAAGAAAAAACCCUCACUGGUAGGUUUGUGUUUCGUUAUGUAAGUCACACUGAUCUUCGACUGGAUGCAGAAACUGUGCCUGUGCAAAAUAGUGACGGGGUUAACUUGAUUUAUAGAACAAUUACACAUGGGCUAGAGCACCUAAGUAUUAAAAUCACAAAAGAAAAUACUAGAGAACAUGCCAUUUUCAGCUCAGACUUUAAAAACAGUGCCAUGCUGAUAACAGAGGAGAGUGGUGACUGAAACAGUUUCCCAUUGACAGGAUUAUUCCGACAGGAUUCAUCCUAUGAACCAGACCACAGCAGAAUGGACCAAUGACAAACAGGUAAACUCUCUUAUAGGACCUCUUUGUAAAGGUUUUAUAUGGCUUUAAAAUGGUAAUCAUUUCAGCAGACACCAAAUAAAUUCCAAAUGUUUCAGUGCCUUCUGCUAAAAUCAUCUGUCUUCGUUUCACAAAACAAUUGUUAUACUGUCUUU